CGUGUUAGUGCGGGUGUCAGUGAGUGUUAGUGAGAGGGAGGGACACGAUCAGUCUCCUCUGGAUCUGGGACUGGGAAGCGGCUGCAGCGACACAGGGACCCCCGGCUGCUCCCCAGAAAUGCUCAGUGAGCCCGAGCUGGACAGGAUGUCUUCCAAGCGACCAGCCUCUCCGUAUGGGGAAGCAGAUGGAGAGGUAGCCAUGGUGACGAGCAGGCAGAAAAUGGAAGACGACGGCAGUGAUGGCCUCCCUGCUUUUCAUCUUCCUUUACAUGUGGGUUUUCCCAACAAGCCUCACUCUGAGGAAUUUCAGGCUGUUUCUUUGCUGACGCAAGAAAGUUGUGACCGUAGAAGCCCCUCAUAUCAACACAACAUAAUGGAACUUGAUUGUAAUAAAAUGUCAGCAUUUGCCCUGCACAACGUAGCUACCUCACCCAUGAAGGCAGAAGACUUGGGGCGCCAGAGCGGGGAGUCUUUAGCCAACGCCAUGCUUGGAACCCCGGAGAGACGCAAGGGAAGUUUAGCGGAUGUCGUGGACACCCUAAAGCAGAGGAAGAUGGAAGAGCUCAUAAAGAGUGAGCCAGAAGAAACCCCCAGCAUAGAAAAACUUUUGUCUAAAGACUGGAAGGACAAGCUCCUCGCAAUGGGAUCAGGGAACCUGGGAGAUGUAAAAGGGACGCCGGAGAGUCUUGCCGAAAAGGAGAGGCAGCUCAUGGCAAUGAUUAACCAGUUGACCAGUUUACGGGAACAGCUGCUGGCAGCGCACGACGAACAGAAGAAACUGGCGGCUUCGCAAAUCGAAAAGCAGCGGCAACAAAUGGAGUUGGCCAAGCAACAACAAGAACAGAUUGCGAGACAACAGCAGCAACUCCUGCAACAACAACACAAAAUCAACCUCCUCCAGCAGCAGAUUCAGGUUCAAGGUCAACUUCCGCCCCUAAUGAUUCCGGUUUUCCCCCCAGACCAGAGGACGUUUGCAGCAGCGGCUGCGGCGCAACAAGGGUUCCUAAUCCCCCCCGGAUUCAGUUACAAGCCGGGAUGCAGUGACCCCUACCCUCUACAGCUCAUUCCAACUACUAUGGCAGCAGCCGCGGCAGCAACACCUGGACUGGCUCCUCUGCAGUUACAGCAAUUGUACGCAGCUCAACUGGCCGCCAUGCAGGUGUCUCCGGGGGCCAAAUUACCUGGCGUACCCCAAAAUAAUCUCAGCAACUCCAUCUCCCCGAGCAGCAUCCACACAGACAAGAGCACAAGCAGCCCCCCACCCAAAAGCAAGGAUGAUGUGGCGCAGCCCCUGAACCUUUCUGCUAAACCCAAGGGUUCCGACAGUAGAUCUUCCUCAUCCCCCACCUCACCACAUAUACCACGGUUAAGCAGCACACACAAGCCCAUCUCCUCCACGUCAGCAAGUACCCCCAUCAGAGUCAAUUCAUUAGAUAUCUUGUCGUCUUUAACAUCCCCGGGGUAUUUGAACGACCACGACGCUGUCACCAAGGCCAUCCAUGAAGCGCGGCAAAUGAAAGAGCAACUUCGCCGCGAGCAACAGGCACUGGACGGGAAAGUCGUGAACAGUCUGGGGCUCAAUAACUGCAGGACGGAAAAGGACAAGUCGUCGCUAGACAGUUUGACGCAGCAGUUGACGGGGAAACCCAACGAAGACAAAUUCAGCCACGCCAUGAUGGAUUUCAAUCUGAGCGGUGAUUCAGAUGGAAGCGCAGGAAUUUCCGAGUCCAGAAUAUAUCGGGAAGCGCGAGGACGAGGCAGCAACGAGCCGCACAUAAAGCGCCCUAUGAACGCCUUCAUGGUCUGGGCCAAAGAUGAGAGGAGGAAAAUCCUACAGGCGUUUCCCGACAUGCAUAACUCCAACAUCAGCAAAAUACUAGGUUCUCGCUGGAAGUCCAUGACGAAUCUGGAGAAGCAGCCAUACUACGAGGAGCAGGCGAGGCUCAGUAAGCAGCACCUGGAGAAGUACCCAGACUACAAAUAUAAGCCGAGACCGAAGCGCACCUGCUUAGUGGACGGGAAGAAGCUCCGAAUCGGCGAAUACAAGGCAAUUAUGCGCAGCCGGAGGCAAGAGAUGAGACAGUAUUUCAAUGUGGGGCAGCAAGCACAAAUCCCAAUUAGCACAGCUGCUGUUGUUUACCCCGGUGCCAUCGCAAUGGCGGGCAUGCCCUCUCCUCAUUUACCAUCGGAGCACUCCAGUGUAUCCAGUAGCCCUGAGCCAGGUAUGCCCGUCAUCCAGAGCACUUACGGCAUCAAACAAGAAGAACAACACAUCAAGGAGGAGAUACGGGGAGACAACAUCAACGGAAAAAUGUACGACGAAUACGAUGUGGACGAUGACCCCGAUGUAGACUACGGCAGUGACAGUGAAAACCCUAGUGCAACGCAAGCCAACUGAUACGAGCCAGACUUGGGAACUUUAUAGACUUUCUAAGCCCAACCUGGUUUCUCCACAGUGGAGGCCAAGCACAUGAACUUUCUCAUACACUGACUGUUACUAGAACUCUUACUGGGACAUCAACAGACAAUUCGACUUCAGCCCAAACUUACCGGCUGGGGAAAGGAAGAGAAUUUAAAUCAACAAUUUCCACCAAAAGAAGAGAAAAUAAGCUAUGGGUAAAAAAAAAAAAUUCAAGGAAAAGCCAGUAAAUUCAGCUGCUACCCCCAAGCACUGAAGUCUUUACCCUUCAACUUUUCUUUUUCAUAAAAAUGAAAAAAAGAAAAGAAAAAAACUUUAAAAAAAAACAAAAAAAACUUUAUGGCUGUUUGUUCUAGAAAUUCUCACUCAGGUACACAGUGCCAACAGUGGCUUGUGAAUGUGUUUUGUUGUUUUGUGCUACAGUUUUAAGAGGAAUAAGAUUAUAAUUUUUUGUUUUAAGAGUUUUUUUUUUUUUUGCUUUUUGUUAGUUAAAUUCCCGGAUUUAGAUAUUUUUUACCUUGGCUGACCCUAUGGUUCUUCCCUUGUGGGGGGACAGAUUCUAAGGCGGCAGCUUCAAUAGCAACAUUUUACUUUCUCCAAUGAUAACUCCUUAGGCAUCGCUCCAUCGACGACAUUUCACAUUGCAUCUCUAAGCAAAAACGUGCCAAAAUUUUUACUUACUAGUUUGUUACUUUUUUUCCCCCAUCACUUCUCCUGGUCUGUCUUAAUUGAGGGCAGUGUUAACGUCUUAGACAAUCUUUCAACAACAACAAAAAAUUAAAACACCAGCGGAAGGUGAAGAAUAAUAUUUUUAUUUGAAUAGAAAUUGAAAGAGCCAUUCUCAGGUGAAGGAGUGAGAAGUUUUUGAAAGAGAAUCAAAUUGUGACUUGGAUUUUUGUGCGAGUGUGUGAGAGAGAGAGCUUUUUUUUAUGGUACAAUUGACCAUGCUAGAUAAAAGUAGUGCUUUUUGUGGAUAAAAUCCCACGUUUAAGUUGUGGUCAAUCUUUGAAAAGACUUUUAAGAACUCUUUGCACUUCAGAAUUCAGAUUCAGCAAAUAUGGGUUGGGUGGGCAAUAAAGCUUUUGCUGUAAGACAAAAAUAUAUUUAGAAUUUAUUAGGGUCUGAAUUUUUAAGUAGAAAUAUUUCAUCUGUUUUUCCAAUAACCAAAUAUUUGCAAACGUUAGGGUACCACGACUGUUCCCAUGGGAAUGAGUGUUUCUGGGGUUUUUUUGGAAUCGUAAAUGGCAACUCAUUGGGGACAGAACCACUCAUAGAAUCAGAUGGGUCUAUUUCUCUUCUGGGCUAUGGGGGACCUGUAUGAAUUUGCCGAAAAAUUCCAUAAACUCUCAUCUUUGACAUUAGAAUACAAGAUUUCAAAUUUGGAGCUAAAAUUCCAGUUUCAAAUAAAUUGUGGAUGAUAUAGUGAGGUCUCAGCACUCAGCAUCUCCCAGGGCCCCCAUCUGAUUUCUGUCAGACCCCAGUGAGAGUGUAGAAAAAUGUCCGCCAUAGUUUCUAACCUAUGGAUGCAUUUUUGUUCUAAGGACUCAACCCCCCCCCCCCAUAAGAGAAUUUUUUCAUCUUGGACUAACUCCUCUGACACCCGAAAUACAUGUUAACUGCUUUUAAAACAUUUCAGAAUUCAGAUUUAUUUUUUUCAGUUUUCGCUUGAAAGCAUUGGUUUGCCUGCUGAAGUUUAUGAAAUAAUGCAACCUCGAAAGUGAUUUUUAUAAAAACCAUUGGAUGUGUUGCAAUUUUUUUUUUAAACCCUUUUUGCCCAAUUCUCAUUCGCUUUUAUCGUUCUCCUAUUUAGAGUUUUUAGUUAAAGUUUAUAUGUCUGCAUGGCAUUUAUUUUUUUGGGGGAUGCAUUUGUAUUUAAUGAGUAUUUUUUUUUCUGUUCUGUUCAACUGCCUCUAUUUCUUAGUGUUGAUAUUAUAAUUAUAAGAAUAAUAAUGAUUGUCAGCUGUUCCCAGAUUAGUUAAGUUAUGUAUAAUUUAUUUUAUUUCUUUUCUACAUUAUUUUAUCAUAUGAUGGUUGAGCUGGGCAGCAGCCAGAAAAAAAGAGAAAAAACUAAGUAUGGUUUAUAUCUGUUAUAUAUCCCCC